AUUUUGGCACGAGCAUUUUCGCGCCAUCUGCGAAAACCAUAUAUGCGUGAAAACAGCGCUUAUCACGGCAGUCCGCGCUCUACCGCCGGAACAACCGCGCUGUGCCUCAUGUAUCUAUAUAACGUUAUAUAAAGUUCACAUAAAGUGACAUUAAAUAAUGUGAUAUUACUAUAAGAAAACCCUGUGAUAUUGAUUUAAUUUUUAACUUUAUAAAAGUGAAUAUUCAGUCAUAAAAUGGCUAAGGAGACAAACGACACUACGCCAUUUGUUUACAAUGGCACAACCACGCCCGUCAUCACCAAAACCCCGUUACCUCAGAAGCCUAACAACAGCAAAGCUGGUAGAGGCAAAGCCCUCAGACAAAUCCUAGCGUCUUUCGUGGCCAACCUGGGAACUAUCAAUACUGGCAUGGCAUUUGGAUUCUCCGCUACGGUGCUGCCGCAGUUAAAGAGCAAUGAAUCUAGUAUACAUAUCACAGAAACGGAAGCCAGUUGGAUUGCCAGUCUCAGCGCGGCCGGCACGCCCGUGGGCUGUCUUCUCAGCGGCUACCUUAUGGAUGUGAUCGGCCGCCGCCUGACGCUCUUGAUCACAGAAGUGCCGCUCAUCCUCGGGUGGCUGCUCAUCGCUUUUGCUUGCAACGUCCCCAUGAUCUAUAUCGGCAGGCUGAUGAUAGGACUCGGGUCCGGGAUGGUGGGCGCCCCGGCCCGCGUUUACACUUGCGAAGUCUCGCAACCGCAUCUCCGAGGCAUGCUGGGUGCAUUAGCCUCUGUCGGGGUCUCCACGGGUGUUUUAAUAUCGUACGUGAUCGGCAGCAUGACAGCAUGGAACAUCCUAGCCGGUGUGAGCGCCGUCGUCCCCAUGCUGUCACUCCUCGGCAUGCUGCUUCUGCCAGAAACGCCCAACUACUUGCUGUCCCAUGGCAAGCGAGACCGCGCCGAGAGCUCGCUAGUGAAACUGCGAGGGUCCACCUGCGACAUCGACGAGGAGAUACAGAGAAUGAUCACCUUCAAGGAGAAGAACCAUGUCGAACCGUUGACGAGUGUGAAAGAGUACAUCAAAGCGCUGCUGUCCCCGUCUGCGCUGAAGCCGUUCACUAUCCUGGCCGUCUACUUCUUCAUAUACCAGUGGUGCGGCGUCAACACCAUCACCUUCUUCGCCGUUGAAGUCUUUAGGGCCUCAGGCGCAACCAAGGAGAACCAGUAUUGGCUGACAAUAGCCAUGGGCAUAGUGAGGCUCAUAUUCACGGUGGUCGGGUGCAUACUGUGCCGGCGCUGCGGCCGGCGGCCGCUUACAUUCGUCUCAGCUGUGGGCUGCGGUUCGACGAUGAUCGUACUGGCGGUCUACAUGUACUUCAUCGAGCAGUGGAAACAGGCCGGCGUCGCGCCGAUGUACUCCUGGGUCCCCGUGGCGGCCAUCUUCAUAUUCAUGAUAUCCUGUACCCUGGGGUACCUCAUCGUGCCCUGGAUCAUGAUUGGCGAGGUGUAUCCCAUGCAGGUUCGUGGCAUAGUGGGCGGCAUGACGACGACCGCUGCCCAUCUCUCUGUGUUCUCUGUCGUCAAGACAUUCCCCUUCCUCAAGGACGCGCUCAACUAUUAUGGCGCAUUCGCAGUUUACGGUGCUAUGUCUAUUGGUGGCAUCGCCUUCUUCUACAUAUUCCUACCUGAAACGAAAGGGCGUACUCUUCAAGAAAUAGAAGACUACUUCUGCGGCAGAACUAAAACUCUAAAGCAACCAAAUAAGACCGAGGGCGCGUGAUCAACGUACAUACUUAGUACAAAAUUGUUAUUUUACAUUGCAUUUCGUGCGUUUCAGUCAAGCUUUUUGUAUGUUAUGUUCUCGAGGCAAUGAAACGUUUGGUAGACUUGAUGUUUUUCUAUGCAUUUGGCAAACGAUUAAAAUGCUU